AUGUCUUCAGAAUCCCGCCUCUACACAUUCACCACCGAGACCAAAGCUCAUCUGCGCAAAUUCAGACUUGGGACUUCGCGCGCCAAUGAUCCACAAGCUGUUAUAUAUCUCAUCGAUAAAUCCACCCUCGAAAUAAAACAAGAUGAAGAAGGAACCGUAUACAAAAAUCUUGAACCCAUAGGCGACGACCUCCCAGAUCAUUCACCUCGAUUCAUUCUACUCAGUUAUCCAUGCACCCUCCCCUCCGGUCGUCUCUCCGUUCCCUACGUCCUCAUCUUCUACCUACCACCUACGGUCAACGCCGAACAACGUAUGUUAUACGCGGGAGCCAAAGAACUCAUGAGGAAUACCGCGGAAGUGAGCAAGGUGUUGGAGAUUGAGAGUGUGGAGGAUUUGGAAGAGAUACCUGAUAGACUGAGGGGAGACGAUAGAUAA